UAUAGUCGUAUAAAAUCAGAAAUUUAACUGAUUUACGUCAUUUGUUAAAAAAAAAUUACUUAUCUUUAAGAGCAAUGUUACAAGGACUUAAAAAUUAGACUUGAUAAUUACAAUCAGUAAUUGUGAGUAUAGUGAAAGAAUUGUCUUUGCAUUAACUAAUUCUGGACUUGCACAUUUAGGAGGACAGAGUAUGCACUUUGAACGAACAUGACGUACGGACGGUGGGGGGUCAUUAAGUUGGUUGAGAGUUGGAAGAUGCAAUAAAAUGUGCACCGGAUUUGAACAUCCCAGGUCAAGUUGAGUUUGACAAUUUUCCGGCAUUUAGCUCAAAGAGAGGAACAAAAGCUGCUAUUUCAACUGCAUGCAUUUAUGCCACCCUCCUACUCUUCCCUAUAAGUACCAAUGCCGACUGAAGUUAAAAAGCAGAGCAAGCAGUUGCUACUUUGUUUCCCUUUUUACACAUUGAGUAGAGAUGGGGAAGAUUUUAGAGUAUGUUGGUGUAUUCACUGUGACGACGUUAAUGGUUGUGUUGGUGGUGGGCAUUGCAGAAGGUCGAAGAAUUGAGGAAGAGACUAUUGGUGGUGUUGGAGGAGGUGGAGGCUUUGGAGGUGGGGUAGGUGGUGGCAUAGGAGGCGGUGCAGGUGGUGGAGUUGGGGGUGGUAUAGGGGGUGGUGCAGGUGGAGGCGGAGGAGUUGGUGGUGGCACAGGAGGAGGUAUAGGUGGAGGUGGAGGUGGAGGUGGAGGUGGAGGUGGAGGAAUUGGAGGUGGAAAAGGUGGUGGUAUAGGUUCUGGUGGCGGAGUAGGUGGAGGCAUUGGUGGAGGCGGAGGUGUUGGAGGUGGUGCAGGCGGAGGAGCUGGGGGUGGUAAAGGCGGUGGGGCAGGUGGUGGCAUUGGAGGUGGUGCAGGCGGAGGCGGUGGAGCUGGGGGUGGUGCAGGUGGAGGUAUUGGAGGAGGUGGAGGAGCUGGGGGUGGUGCUGGUGGAGGUAUUGGUGGAGGCGGAGGAGCUGGGGGUGGUAAAGGGGGUGGGAUAGGUGGUGGCAUUGGAGGUGGUGCAGGUGGAGGUGGUGGUCUAGGCGGUGGCAAAGGUGGAGGAGCUGGGGGUGGUGCAGGUGGAGGUGGUGGUGCAGGGGGUGGCAAAGGUGGUGGCAUUGGAGGUGGUGCAGGUGGAGGUAUUGGUGGAGGCGGAGGAGCUGGGGGUGGUAAAGGGGGUGGGAUAGGUGGUGGCAUUGGAGGUGGUGCAGGUGGAGGUGGUGGUCUAGGCGGUGGGGGUGGUGCAGGCGGUGGCAAAGGUGGAGGAGCUGGGGGUGGUGCAGGUGGAGGUGGUGGUGCAGGUGGCAAAGGUGGUGGCAUUGGAGGUGGUGCAGGUGGAGGUGGUGGCAUUGGAGGUGGUGCAGGUGGAGGAGCUGGGGGUGGUGCAGGGGGUGGCAUUGGAGGUGGUGUAGGUGGAGGAGCUGGGGGUGGUGCAGGUGGUGGCAUUGGAGGUGGUGCAGGCGGAGGUGCUGGGGGUGGUGUAGGUGGAGGUAUUGGAGGAGGCGGAGGAGCUGGGGGUGGUGCAGGUGGAGGUAUUGGUGGAGGCGGAGGAGCUGGGGGUGGUAAAGGUGGUGGCAUUGGAGGUGGUGCAGGUGGAGGCAGUGGAGGUGGCAUAGGUGGUGGUGUUGGAGGUGGCAUAGGUGGUGGUGGUGCUGGAGGAGGAUUUGGAGGGGGUGCUGGUGGCGGAUUCGGAGGUGGAAAAGGUGGUGGAGGUGGAUCUGGUGGAGGAUUUGGUGGUGGUUCUGGUGGAGGUGUUGGUGGUGGAAUUUAGUCUCAAAACUCAUUGAUGACACAGAGUAGAAUUGAAUGUAAAUGAAUGUCAUCAGUGUUUAAGAAGUGUAUCUUAUCCAUUGCUGCAAUCAUAAGCAACCUAUGUAAUGAAAUAACGAAAUAAUAGAAAGAUGAAGAGAUGAAAAAUGGAAUAGAUAGAUCUUUCUCCAUGCUGUUUCAAUGUGUAUUUAUACUUGUCGUCCUUUUUUUAGAAACUUAUAAAUCCCAUUUAUAAUUCUUCCCAGCCCAGAAAACCAUCAGGGUUAGAUUACAUGCAAGUAAGCAACAAACAGAGCUAUUUGUAGCUUUGAAUUGCAACACGUAAUUUCUGAGUUUUUUAAACUCCCUAAAAUAAGCUUCUUUUCAUGGUAUCAUUGAAAUUUAGGCUCCAAAUCAUUGUACAAGCUGUUUAUGCAGAUUAAGCACACAACAACUAAAAUUUGAUUUAAUGAUAAGAUGGAACUUCUUAGCAUACUAAACUGUGUGUCACCAAGGAAGAGCUGCCUCAAUGGUGCUGUAGUUGGCUUUGAGCAGUGUGUCACCAGAUGGCAAAUUGACCUUGAACUUUGAUGUUGCUUUUCUUUUUUCGAAUCUGUGGACUAGUGACUAAUGUGCUACGCACUUUGAGUUCUGAAACAAAUAAGUAAUUUUUAAUAUUUGGAUUUUUUUUUUCUUGGACCUGUGGAAUAUUCCCACAUCCGAAAAUUUGUUUGGCUGUGCCUAGCAAACUGAAGCACAGAGCUCUAUUUCUAAUUUCUCCUACAUCACUGAAACAAAAUCUUAAAAACUGUUUGGUCUGGUUCCUAAUUUAUGAUCCGAUGAACAGUCAAAAAUUUUCGGAGCUAACAUUGAAUUCAAAAAGAAAACGCUAUUAACAAUCUUACCAUCCCCCAUUUUCCUUUAGAUCAAGGUUUUGAGAGCAAAGUCAGCCUCUAAUCCACAAAUCUUGAUAAUAUUUUAGCUCAAUUAACUUUCUAAGGCACUCAAGUCUCCUGUAUUGGACUAGUGCUGAAUUAUCCACAAAUCUAAAUUUGAAAAAAGCCAAAGACAAGUGUUUUGAAGCUAAUUUCUGGAACGCAGGCUUACAGGGAAUCGGACAAGCUAAAUCUAGUUUGAAAUAAAUAAUUCUGAAAACCAAAAUUAGAAUUCAUGUUGUUGCAACAAAACUGAACGGAGUGCAAGAACACAAUAACAUUAAAAAAAAAAAAAGAACAGAUGGAAGAUUCAAAGAGAAGUUUAGGAGUUGUGAAACGAACCUGAUUCAAGAAAUUCGUCGGCAACAGCCUCUUUCGAAUCGGAAACUGUUCCGAGCUUUUCGAUUUCUCCGUAGUUUGAAAAUUAUCGGAGAGAAGGGCGAAGGAAGACGUAACUCGUAAGUAGUUCAGAUGAUGAAAAGACAGAUUACGAGUUUGUGCGUGAAUCUAACAUAAACAUGUAUGAAUGAGCUUUUCCCAUAUAAGGAUAAAAGGAUGGCUAAGGUUGUUAAAUUCACGCACAAACCUGAAAUAUGCCUCUUCUCAGUUCUCAUGCUCACGGUGCUUCGUAAGAUCGAAAUCUAGAUCGGCCUACAGAAGAUGAUGCUAAGAUAUUGAAGGCU